AUGCAUGUGGAAUCUUUCGAUAAACGUGGAACAUUAGAACAUAACCAUAAAACAAGCCCAUCUAAGUCCAGGUUGUAUAGAUGUAAUAGACAACUUAGUGAACGUGUCAAAAGACAGCUUGAGGUAAAUGACAUAGCAGGCAUACCGUUGCAUAAAAGCUUUAAUUCAACUGUAGUGGCAGGUGGUUUUGAUAAUAUGACAUGUGUUGAGAAAGAUUGCAGAAACUUCAUCGAGAAAGUGCGACGUUUAAGACUAGGGGAAGGGGAUGACCUUGCAAUUCAAGCUUACUUUACGAAAAUGCAAUCAUGUAGUCCUGGUUUUUUCUUUAGUAUGGACUUAGAUGAUGAUUGUCGAUUGAGAAAUGUGUUUUGGGUAGAUAAUAGAUGUCGCGAAGCGUAUAAGGAAUUUGAAGAUGUAGUUACUUUUGACACCACAUACCUCACGAACAAGUAUGAUAUGCCCUUUGUUCCUUUUGUGGGGGUUAAUCACCAUGGGCAAUCAACUCUUCUUGGCUGUGGUUUGGUUUCAAAUGAGGAUACUAACACAUUUGUUUGGUUGUUUCGGACAUGGCUAGAAUGCAUGAAUGGCCAAGCUCCUAAUGGAAUUAUUACAGAUCGAGAUCGAGCUAUGCAAAAUGCUAUUCAAAUUGUUUUUCCUAGCGCGAAGCAUAGAUGGUGCUUAUGGCACAUACUAAAGAAGUUGUCAGAGAAGUUUGGCUAUCAUAAAGCCAAAGGUCCAAUAAUGCAUGCUAUACAUGUGUUAGUCUACGAUACAUUAAGUUGUGAAGAAUUUGAGGAAGGCUGGUUGAAUAUGCUUGAUCAGUUUGAAUUGUGA